UCUGACCCGCGGAGGCUGUGAUAUUUUUUGAGGACUAACAUCAAACAUUCUUCAGAACAGAGCAGUUGUAAACAGUAUCGGAUACGUUUGACUUCCAACAGGAUAUUAAACUGCAGACAGACUGGGAAAAAUCACUUCUGUUCAGUUGCUAAAUUGUUGUUAGAGUUCGGAGGGGGACAAACUUCUCAGAGAGAUGCAGCACUACGGGGUGAACGGCUACUCAAUGCACGCCAUGAACUCGCUGAGCGCCAUGUACAACCUGCAUCAACAGGCCGCGCAGCACGCGCAGCACGCGCCCGACUACCGGCCCUCCGUGCACGCGCUCACCCUGGCGGAGAGACUGGCAGACAUCAUCUUAGAGGCUCGGUACGGCUCUCAGCACCGGAAGCAGCGCCGCAGCCGAACAGCCUUCACCGCGCAGCAGCUCGAGGCGCUGGAGAAAACCUUCCAGAAAACUCACUACCCUGAUGUGGUCAUGCGUGAACGCCUGGCCAUGUGCACCAACCUUCCCGAAGCUCGAGUGCAGGUGUGGUUUAAAAACCGCCGUGCAAAGUUUCGCAAGAAACAGCGCAGCUUGCAGAAAGAGCAGCUUCAGAGGAUGAAGGAUGCUGGGAUGGAGAGUGCACAGGAAGAAGGAAAAGAAGAAGCCCCGCCCAUUGAUUCUCAAGCCCCGCCCUCUCCUUCAGAUGGGCGUGGCUCCACGUGUGCCCCUCCCUGUGAGCCGAGUGAGGAGGUCAAUGUCACCUCACCGGAACAAUCAGGGGCGGAGUCAGGGGCGGAGGACAUGACUGACAGAGAGGACGAAUCGCUGUCAAUCAAAGAUGAAACAAAAGAGGCGGGGCCUCCCCUGACAACAGACGACACUUCACCUUCUUGCAAACCGAUCAGCCCUAAAUUAGAAGAUCCGCUUGGUUCCCCGGCUCUUCCCUCCUCCAGUGGCGGAGUGGCUCAGACUAACUCCUACGCCUCGUCUCCUCUCAGUCUCUUCCGCCUGCAGGAGCAGUUUCGCCAGCACAUGGCCGCCACCAACAACAUCAUGCACUACCCCGCCUUCGACGUGUCCACGCCCUCCUCCUUACCCUACCUGGGCGUAAACAUGAACAUGGCGUCUCCGCUGGGAUCGCUGCCUUGUCCGCCCUACUACCAGUCCCUGUCCCAGGCCCAGCAGAUGUGGAGCGGGCCCCUGAUGCAGGGCUCUGGUGCUCUCCCGGCCCUCAACAGCAAAACCACAAGCAUCGAAAACCUGCGUCUGAGGGCGAAGCAACACGCUGCAUCACUCGGCUUGGACACGCUUCCAAACUAACCUCUCAAUGUCUUCUGUUUAGGAUCUAAAUUUGC